GCACUGGUCAGCUUUCAAUUGUCAUCCUCUCUUCACGAAAUAACAUUUCUUGUUCGCGUGUCCGUUACGCACAUAGUGUCCAAGUAAGCACCGUACACAAUAGCGUGAAAAGCGACUCAACUUACUUGGAUACCCAUUGACAGACUUCCGCUCCAACCUACUUGCUCAGCAGCAUCUUUCAGAGCGAGCGACAUUACCACAGACUAUCUACUUACUACCACGCUUGUAUAUACAAGUAAACAUGGGGGCUCAAUCAUACUCGCUUGAAGAGAGAUUACAGGCGGAGUUCUGCCCGCCGCUCGACUCUUCUCUCAUCGCAGCGUUCAUAAACGAUUAUUGUCCACACGGUCAAGUCGAUCCUUCAUCACAAGCAGAGCAAAGCCUCCGAACCAUUUUAUCCGAACUCGCCACCCAAGCGGAGAAAGACGAAAAUGCACUUUCAGAUCGAUUCUCUAACCUUGAACUUGGAACAAACUGUUCUGUCACGGAUGAUACCAGCAGCUCCAAUGAGCUCUUUUCGAACGAUACCCAAACAACAUCCCCUACUACCUUCAGCUCUAAUGUCUCAGAGGCAUCCGGCGGCAGCCUGCAGCCGUUCAGCUCCCCUAUGGGAUUCUUGCAAACCGCAUUCCCCGAUAUACCCACUCAUAGACUCAGAAGCAUUCUUAGCAGCAUGGGCGAUAUAGAAGAUCUAGAUAUGGAAGAGGUGGUCGAUCAAAUAUGCUCACUAGAAUUCGUACGGGAGUUGGAACAGCGAGGGUUGGACGGCUUAGAUGGUGCAGAUCAGGAAGACCUUACACCUUGGCUCCCUGUGGAAUCCAAGAAGAAGCCUUCUCCCCCGGCGAAGAAGCAACCGAAGAAAGGGAUGACGUUCACCUUCGGCGAUAUUCGUCAGAAGCAACACAUCCGACGGGCAACUGCUCCAAGUACGCCUGGCCCAAGCAACGGAACUCCAGAUACUUGGACUCAAGUCUCCUCUUUGGCCACUUAUCUUGCCUCCCUUGUUCCCUCCUUGCCUGAAUCCCAUUUCCAGUCAAUAUUCCAUUCCCCCGAGUACUCCACACCGUCAGCUGCUAUUCGCGCUUCCCUUAGUACCAUCAAGAAUUUGGAGGAGUCGAUCGAGAUAGUCCAAGCCCGCAGUAUCUUUGAGAUUCUCGAGUCCUCUGAUGAUUUUGUCACUUUAUCGCCCUCUGAUCGCGAACAGCUCAUGGCUGAUACGAGACUUGCGGUUAGAGCGACGGGCGGUCAGCCGGACGCAGCCUUGGACCUUGUUCAGUGCCUCCGAGAACUCGACUCGGAUGCCGUCUCAGGGGAAGUGGAAUGGCGUUUGUAUCAUUCACCUGCCCCACCGCCUUCGCACGGUCUAUCUCAAUAUGCCGCUAACGCUGCAAGGCGAUCCAUGUUGACAUUGACCUUACCAUCUGGUCCACCGGCCGUCCCUCCACCUCCAACAAGACAGCGCUCCGCACCUGUCUUGCCUAUAUCUUCGAACGCAUGGAAGACAGUGACACCGACGCGGAAAGCUGGACCUUCUUCACACUACUUAGCUGAGUUCAUACCUGCGUAUAAUCCUGCUAAUGUACCGACGAAGAAGGGUCGGGGUAGAGGAGGGGUCAAUGGGCCUGGGAAGGGUGCCAAGAAUAGGACGCUCGCUCUGGUGAGGAAUGAGAGGAGAAUACAUUCCUUGCGCGCGAAGGAGUUGAUGCAGCAAAGAGCGGAAGCUUUGAAAGAAGCAGGUCGGGCGUGGCAGAAUGGGAAUGCGAAGAGUAGAGGGGGUGAGGUUGCAUUCUAUUACGCUGAAAAGGCACGUCAACUUCAAGAACGGGCUUUCCGCGAACAGUUGGUUGUGGCACAAGACAAGGUGGAUGCCAGUCGGCAGUAUUCGAAGAAUGGAAACACCAUCGAUCUUCAUGGAACGACAGUCCCUGAAGCCAUUCACAUCGUCAAACGGACGCUUGAGGAAGAUUGCCCAUCUGCCGCGAAGCCACUUAAAGUCAUCACUGGUCGAGGCAAUCACUCUGCUAAUCGUGUCGGUGUUUUGGGUCCUGCUGUCAAGGCCGCUCUUGUUGACGAAGGCUGGAAUGUUGGUAUCUGGGACGCAGGACUUGUUGUUCGAGGGAGGCUUGCGUUCAAAGCGUAGCACCUGCGGUUUUACCUCAUCAUUCACGACUGUACGACCACCAUGACUAUUCCUCCAUCAUCAUGUCAUCUCUGACGGACUUUUCUCCGCAUCUUUAUACACGCCGAUCUUUAUGAUGCUCGUUUUGUAUAUUCUCUUUCUCCCCGCCUCGUCGUCGUAUCAUUGUUCGCCUGUAGUCUAGAGCAUGUAGCGAUUUAGAUACCUCCGGUGUAUCGAGUAGUAUCGAGUAGUAUAUUUAUAUCCUAAUCUCUUCUGUUUGUCUUGCGUCAUACGGACUGUCCUCAAGGACAAUGCACUUGAGAGAAAU